UCGCAGAUCGAUUUUACUGUAACUAUUCCUUUUAUCACGCUACCACUCGAACGGAGGAUAGGGGAAAAUGGUGAAUCAGUAUCACCGUUGCUGAAUAUUAAUUCAAAAGGACUUGGAAUCGUUGGAUUACUGACUACGUUAUUAGGCAUAACUUCACCAUUAUUAUCCAAAACACAUCAUCAUUACAAUUAUCGUUCUAUGGACAGUGACAGCGGGCAAUGGUUGGAAAUGGGAAGCAUGAACGAAAUCCUUUUUGGCAACAAUUACGUAGUUCCGUGCGUGCAACGCGUCGUUUGCUCGCUCGUUUCAGUGGCCUCGCACACGGAGAAUCCCACGAGCAUGGAUAAAAUAAUCGAUGGACUCUCAAGUCACAAGUGGUUCAAAGACGCGACGAACGGCACCAUCGUUCAAGACGCUGUGGCUACUGGGCGUAAGGGAGACUACGAUUGCGCUCACGUUUACAAAGACUGUUAUAUAACUUCGAAGCUUCUAAAAAAUAUGUUGAAGGAGUUUGGUAUAACGCAAGGAUAA